AUGCAGAUCUUCCGUCCCGGGUCUCACUACUAUCUCCCUCACACUUCUCUCCCCAUUCUAUGGCCACAAUUCAUGAUGGCAACCUCAAUACCUAGAGCGAUGCCAUUCCGGCCUGGCUACCGGCCCCUUCCGCUUACGCGAUUACACCUUUCCCGUCAAUCGUCCACGCAGAGUCAAAAUUGGGCUGGUCGCCCAUUCGAUGUCGCCAAAGACAAUGUUGCGCAGCUGGCUGCGAGUCCCCGCCGACCUUUGACACUUGCGGACCUGCUGAAACACGGCCGCCCGCCAUUAAACAAAGACGCUCUUCUAGCUUCCGCCAACUUCACACUCUCUCUCCUGCCCGCCCGUUUGGCUUCUCGGAUCCAAGCAUUACGCAACCUUCCCUUCAUCGUCGUCUCGAACCCUCACGUCUCCAAGAUCUACCAUAAUUACCUCCACUCGCUGUCUACUCUCCUCCCAUAUCAACAACGCCGCAUCACGACACUCGAAGAGGAAAAGCAGUUUGGAGAUGUACUGGCAGACCUCGUACAAACCCAUACAAACACAAUUCCCGUCCUUGCACGUGGGUUUUUGGAGUGCAGCAAGUAUGUCAGCCCAGCCGACGUGACGACCUUUUUGGACACGCAUCUGCGUGCGCGUAUUGGAACGCGCUUAAUUGCGGAGCAGCAUUUGGCUCUCCGUUAUGCAUCUCAGCCCAUCAGUGACAACCCAUCAGAUGGCGCUGAUGCACCAGUACCCAAGAACUCGGUUCCGUCAAAUUACAUAGGCGUAAUUGACACAGCCUUACAGCCGGCACGCAUUAUCCGGCUAUGCGAGGAUUUCGUUGGAGAAAUCUGUGAACUCAAAUACGGAGUUCGACCAUAUCUGAAGAUUGAAGGUCAACCCGAGGCUUCCUUUGCUCAUAUUCCCGUGCACCUGGAGUAUAUCAUCACCGAACUCUUGAAGAAUGCGUUCCGAGCAACUAUUGAAAAUGGAAAUGAGCGUGAGCCUAUCGAGGUGACCAUCGCCGCUGCUCCAGAUGUCCCCGGGAACGAACCCCCGGUCCGAGGAGAUACUGAUACUGGUUUUGAGUUUGACUCGGAUGGUAAACGUGAUGGAGCUAGUGAGAAUGAAACUAUAGGGUAUUCGGCCCCGUCAUCUCAGAGUAUCACAAUCCGCAUCCGUGACCGUGGAGGUGGUAUCCCCCCCGAGGUCAUACCCCAUAUCUGGUCCUACAGCUUUACUACUUUCUCGGAUAUGGACUACCAGGGCUCGGAGAAUGGCAGUAUGGAUGCAUUGAACACCAUCGCUGCUAGCGGUGGCCACAUCAGCAGUAUCGCAGGCCUUGGCUAUGGGUUGCCGCUUAGCCGAGCCUACGCCGAGUACUUUGGUGGUAGCAUUGCGGUGCAAAGUCUUUGGGGGUGGGGAACAGAUGUCUAUCUGACGCUACAGGGUGUUGGCAAAAUCGAUUGA